CGAUUGUCGUUUACGAUGUUGGUCCUUUCAUUUUGUCUCCUCUUGCCCACCUCACUAUUGGCCUUCGGAUUUUCAGACACAUCUUUGAUGAAGCUACCGGUGAUGUAUUUUAGAUCUCGCACCAUUACUCCGUUCAGUUUCGAGGAUUCGAAAGUUGGAAUUAAUGACCUUUCGGCUGGGUCGAACAUGGUUUGUGGGGCUAGGUGCCUGACUUCUCAGAUCAAUUGUACUGGCUUCAAAUUGGACGGGCAACAACGGUGUCACCUCUUGCGGAGCUGGAGCUUUGCCUCUGAACAGGAUCCUUCUGUGGACGGAAUCAAGGUCUAUGAAGUGAAUGCAUCAGCUUGGUCCAAAGUUAUGAUCAUCGGUGGAAAAACCUCAGGAUACGGUGGCACUUCCAAUAUUGAAGUGAUCGACCUUGUCAAUGCUAAACAUUGUACAAGUCCGACACCGCUUUUGCCUGAAAGAUAUGCUAUGCCUUCGUUUGUCUUAGGUAGCAAGCUUCUAGUCAUUGGUGGAAGUGGAAACGAGUUAGAUAUCACCUCAUACAACUACGAAGCUCACACAUGGGAAUCGAUUGGAACCUUGGCCGCUGAAUGGGCAGAUUAUUCAUUAGGCCGGAUUCGAGAUUCUUGGAUCCUUCUAAUGGGCGGAGACUAUGAUGGAGAUAAGACUGAAAUGACCCUGAUCCUCAAUGCCAAUGGUUCCUUGGAUCCGGGUCCGGAUCUGCCUAUGGCUGCUAAAGGGUUCUGUGCUUGUGGUUUGGAUGAUAAUCAUAUAUUUAUUGCCGGAGGCAAGGAUUCCGGUGGCACGGAACUGCAGACGACUUACGUCUUAGAUUGGACCACUCAACAAUGGGCCAGUCUGGAUCCCAUGGCCUUACCGAGAUAUUAUGUGGAAUGUGGAACGUUCUUGAGCACCAAUCAGGAGUUAAGUAUUUUGGUUGUGGGUGGACUUCAAAACCAGGUGGUCAUCAACCCUCAUACGGAGAUUUUCAAUUGGCCCCAACAAACGUGGCGAGCUGGUCCGGAUUUUGCUUUCCCGAAGACAUUUUUGAGUCGUAUGAACAAGUUUGACGGCAAACUUUUCGUGUUUGGAGGAUACCAACCAACGAGCCAAGUAUUUCUAAGCGAUAUCUACAUGUUCAUCCCCAAGAAUGAGUCUUGGGUGAGAUUCCCUUUGGAUCUAAACAUUGAACGCCGAGAUUUUGGGAUCAUGAUGAUACCCGAUGGGAUUGUGAGUUGUUGAAUCUUUGUUUGUUCAAAAAGACAGAAUACGUGUCGUCUUUUGAUUGAUUUUCUGUGCGUGAAAAAUGGAAUAAGAGCAAUUUCUUAAAGGAGAAUCAAUUUCUUUUGUUCGUUCGAAAUUGGAAUGGGACGAAUCCCAGGGAAUAUUCAGGCAAUUCAUAAUAUUCGUCUUCUUGAAGAUGGAGAUAAGAACACAAAUC